AUGCUCUGGGUGUUAUACGAAAAGCCGGACUUUAAGGGAGAGAAGAUCGCUCUGGACGAGGGCGACAUCGAGAUCAAAUAUCCGUUCGGCCCUCAGGAGAACGAUCACGGGAACAUGCUGAACGGAGCUCUGGAGCAUGAAGACGGAACAGAAACCAAACCUGCAGAAUCCAGAGGCUUUGUCAUUGGAUCCAUGCGCCGAGCGGUCAGGGACUACAGUGUUCCUGAGAUCUGCCUUUUCCCAGAGGAGAAUGCCGAGGGAAAGAAAGUGGUGUUCAGAGACACAUCUGAAGAUGCCCGAAUCUACGGCUUCCCCAUCAAAGCUAAUUCUAUCAUCAUCAACGCUGGACUGUGGUUAGUAUUUGCCGAGCCGUUCUUCCAAGGCGUCCCACGAGUGCUGGAGGUCGGGGGCUUUCCAAACCCAGCUGCCUGGGGCGUCACACAUCCCUACGUCGGCUCCCUACAUCCUCUCAAGAUAGGAGAGCCGACGGUGGAGCGACCAAGCGAGCCCAAAUUAGUAAUCUAUGAAAAGCCGUACUUCACCGGGAAAAGCCGAGACAUCUACACCAACAUGAGGGAUUUCAUGACAAGGACAGACCGCCAGCAGACGACGUUCAUGUUCAGUGUCGGCUCAAUCAAGGUCAUCGGUGGCAUAUGGGUUGGCUUUGAGAAGGAGGGUUUCCGUGGGCACCAGUAUCUGCUGGAGGAAGGCGAGUACCAUGACUGGCGCACUUGGGGGGGCUGCGACACUGAACUGCGCUCGGUCCGAGUCAUACGAACUGACCUAAGCCAGCCCAUGCUGGAGAUGUUUGAGAUGUCGAAUGACGAUGAGGAGUUGGACGAAGAACGAAGGCUUGACGUGACCGAGGCCAUUCCUGACGUAGAGCUGGUGGACUUUCGGCCGGUCACUUGUUCUAUCCAUGUACUAAGUGGAGCGUGGGUCGCGUACUCUCACGUGGAUUUCUCAGGAAGCCAGUACAUCCUGGAGAAAGGCUUCUACAACAACUGUGCUGACUGGGGCGCCAGCGACAACCGCAUCUGCUCCAUCCAGCCGAUCCUACCAGCUCUAACUGAUGGACUUGGUUUCCGGAGUGAGCUGCUGCUUUAUACAGAGCCGGAUUUCCAGGGUACGUGUCAGAUGCUCUGUGAGAGCGAAGCGUUCCUGUCUGAGAGGCGUCCGGUCCAGUCAUGCAGAGUCGUGGGAGGAAGCUGGGUGCUUUAUGAUGACACAAGCUUCGAGGGAAACCAGUAUGUUUUAUCAGAAGGUGAUUACGCCAAUCUCACCAGUAUGGGCUGCUCUGAUAAAUGUGUCCUGCGAUCUGUUAAACCCGUGCCAAUCACACUUACAAUCCCAUCCAUCUCUCUUCACGGCCUGGAGUGUUUUGAGGGUCGUUGUGUCAGCUUGGAAUAUGAGGUGUCCAGCAUGAUGGAAAAAGGGUUCAACCCCCACUUCCUCUCGGUCAAGGUCAACUCUGGCUACUGGGUGUUAUGUGAGCACAGUAACUACAGAGGUCGCCAAUUCCUACUUGAUCCCAUCGAGAUCACAAACUGGUCCAAAUUCAGCUCCCUGGACUCAAUCGGAUCCCUUUACCCAAUCCGAGAGAAGAAGCGACUUUUCCGGAUCCGCUAUAAGGAGAGCGGUCACUACAUGUCAGUGCAGGGUGGAGUGGACGCUAUGAAGACAGGCCGCGUGGUGGUGUCCGAAAACGUGGAGGGCUCGAGCGAUGUCUGGUUCUAUGACGAAGGCCUCAUCAAGAACAAGUUGGCACAGACGAUGAGUAUGCAGGUCGUAGGAAACGUGGAAUCAGGAGCGAAGGUGGUGCUGUGGUCAGAAACUCGUACGCCUGUUCAGACGUGGAGCGCCCAGCUGAGCGGCACCAUCUCCAGCCUCAUCUUCCCAGGCCUGGUGCUUGACGUCAAGGGUGGUAAAACAUACGACAGGGAGCACGUGAUUGUCUGCACCGCGUCUGAAGAAAAUAUCUCUCAGCUGUGGGAGAUCGAGCUGCUCUAAGCCCCGCCCUCAUCUCAUCCGGCCCCGCCCUAAUUCCACCUGCUCCACGUGUUCUGUGAUUGUGCUGGACGAGCUAAACCUGAACAGUCUGAUAUUAGCUUAUACAACAUAAUCUGCUCCUGACAGGCUGGACGUAGACAAGGACGUAAUUCCUCCACUUUUCAUGUUUCAUCCGAGCUGCAUUUGAACCAUCACUUAUUAACAUCAUAAUUAUAAUAAUUUUGUUAUCAUUAUUUC